AGACCAACUUCACCGUCGUUAUAAACGAACACGCGAUAUCGAUGAUUGGAGAGCAUUUAAAAACGCCCAAAGAUCAUUCAAAUCCACUCUAAAAGCUGCUGAAAAACAACACGUUCGAAUUGAAGUUAACCUCCAUAAAGAUAAUUCUAGAUCGUUGUGUAAAGUGAUAUAUUAAUAGGUGCAUUCCAUCUAAAGAUAAAAGAAUUUUGGCUUACCACAAAAAUACAUUACAGGUGGCCAACGAUUUCAACCAGUUCUUUCAAUCUGUGGGAAAAAGAGCAGCCGAAACAGCUGAAAUGUUAGCCCUACGAAAUAAUUUAAAUAUAUCAACUGAGUUAGAGCCUCAGAAUAGGAGAUCUGAACUCUUCUCUACGGAAUUGUUCAAGUUCACUCCCGUCACGUGCACAGAGGUUCCAACGCAUAAUAACAACAAUGCCGUCGAAUAA